UUUUGUUAGAGUCUGGACUGGAGUUGGAGGGGAAGCGACAACGUGUGCAUGGUCGGGGAGUUAUACCUUGGGAAUGGAAGAUGAACACAUUUCUCUCAAUGUUUACAAGUGUACAAUGCCUAGAUUUGUCAGCAGUUAUGACGAAGAGACAGUCUGCAAUCCACCAGAAGUGUUUGAUAAAGUUGAGACAUCAGGCACAGAUUUUAUUCAAGAUGCCUGGGAAACAAAGAUCCGAGUACAAGACGGGGCAUCGGAGACGCACAAACACAGACCUGAGAGAACGAGUUGUAAAGAAAAUGUUGAAGGAUACAGUUUCAGAAAACCGACUGCAGUGGAUAUUUUGAGGAAUUUCGGGACGACGAGAUCCCCCCCGAAUUCCAAUAACAAUUCAGCAGAUGACCAAAAAGAGCCAGAGGAUGCCGUGGUAGAAAUUGUUUUAAAUGAACGAACUGAUUGUGUGGACCUUGAAAAGUCAAGUGGUAGUGAAACGAAGGGUGGAGAAGAGCAAAUCGCAGAUCACACAGAGGGAUUAACGUCAUCCGAUUUGGAUGAAGUCGAUGUAACAGAUUCUGACGAAAUUUGUGAAAGUAGCAGGGCUGACGACGAUGUCGUACAGUUGAAGGAACAUGUUUACUGUACGGUAUACUGUAUUGCAAACGAUAACUACAGGAAACCGGCUGACAAUGCCGGAGAACACCAAUAUAAUGGGGCGAUAACUCCGUCAACAUCAAACGUCGCCACAGAGCCAUCCACGGAUUUGCAGCAGCAGAGCGAUUUGGAACUAGGCCACCCCUCUGUCCCGGAGCCAUACACCCUAUCGAACCUGAUUGAUCCUAGAACUCUGAACAACUUUUACAACGGGGAUUACAAUGUAUCAAUUGUCUUGACCUGUCGCAUCUGUCUGGACGACAAGCACAUAAAGCCGCUACAUUGUUGCAAGAAGGCUGUCUGCGAGGAAUGCCUGAAGAGAUACAUCAGUUCACAGGUCAGGGUGGGCAGAGCGGACAUCGUGUGCCCCAUCACGGAGUGCAGUGGUUACCUGGAGGAGAGCCUGGUGGUGUCCCACCUGGGCAGCGAGGAAGUGGCUAAAUACAAGUACUUCCUGGAGUUGAGCCGGGUCGACUCCAGCACCAAACCUUGUCCCCAGUGCAGCCAGUUCACCUCGCUGAAAGGACGCACCCCCAGCAAGGCAGACCACAAAUACAAGAUCCAGUGCACCAAGUGUCAGUUUGUGUGGUGUUUCAAGUGCCAAGCCCCAUGGCACGACGGUUUGAAGUGCCGGGACUACAGGAAGGGGGACAAGCUGCUGCGUCACUGGGCCAGCAUCAUCGAGCACGGCCAGAGGAACGCCCAGAAGUGCCCCCGCUGCAAAAUCCACAUCCAGAGGACGGAGGGCUGCGAUCACAUGAACUGCACCCAGUGCAGCACCAAUUUCUGCUAUCGCUGUGGGGAGAAGUACCGCCACCUGCGAUUCUUCGGGGAUCACACGUCCAACCUCAGCGUGUUCGGCUGCAAGUACCGCUACCUUCCUGAGAAGCCCCACCUCCGCCGGCUGGUCCGGGGGUCCGUGUGUGUAAGUAAAGUGGUGGUGGCCCCUGUUGUCAUAGUCCUGGUGAUGGUGGUUGGAGCUUUAUCCCUGGUCGUAGGCCUUGUGGCCUUCCCUAUCUACUACAUCUGUAAGAAGAGACGGAAGCGCACCCAGGGGACAGGCCGCUGGCUCUGAGCUGAGGACCAUGACAGUGUGGUCAGGACCCUGCUCCAGAGGUGUGGCCCAGCGAGUGGACACAGGGUUGGGGGAGGGGUCCUUCCAACACGCCCCACUAGUUUCUACCCCCAGCCUGAGAAGAACCAUGCUUUAGAGUGGGCUCCUCUCUCUGCUUUAUGUCCGCCACAAAACUGUCUGUGGCUCCUCCUCCAGCCUGUGGAUCUGAAGGCUCACAGAGCACGCAGAGCAGUCUACUACUGUUCCCUCCCACUAGUGACCAGGAUUGCUGAGGAAAGGCCAACUGACAGGCAGGUACAGCCUCUGGUAUCAAGAAGCCACUCAAUUUCUUUUAGAAAAGUUUGAGGUUAUUUAUUGAAUGGUUUUUAGUACUGUUGUUUGGUUUUGUUUUUUUGUCUGGGCUCAUAUAGCAUGGAUAGUGAAACAAAAACACAUUGGAUAGAAUGGGAAAGAGUCCCUCAAGGUGUGUGGGUGAGUUUAGCACCAUUCUAUUGGUUACGCGUACAGUAGAAUGCCUUUUGCGUACCCUGAGAACCUGCAAAUAUCAGGGAUUGUAUUGUGGUGCAUACAUAGAUAGUUACAUCACAUCAAACAAUUGAUUUCUCAUUGUUAAGGACCAAUCCCUAACGGUUUCCUGUAAGUGAGAUUCCGGCUCCAUUCAGCCGCUUCCGCCCCUGCCAACCUCGGAGUGCUGUGCCCACACACACACAUACACACACACACACACACACACACACACACUGGUAUUUGCAUCGUCAACUAAAUGCAUUUAAGUCUUUUUCAUUGUAGAAAACAAUGGGGACAGCACUGUUGAAAUAACUUCUGUUUGAUGCCUAGUAAUCAUUUAUCAAUAAUCUCAUCCAUACUUGCAAAGUAGGGUUUUUACCCUAUCUCUGUUUAACUAAGUGUUCCAUUGUCCUAAAUGAUCCAGACAAAUGUGGUCCAAUUUAACGAAUGGGAGAAGUCUUGAGUGUUCACAGACAAUAACCGAAAAGUGCUUCAUGUGCCGCAAUAUAUUUAUAUGUUUUGAAAAUGUACAUUGGAUACAUUUUCUGCCUCCUUCAAUGGUCAAAAUCAGAUGUUUUCUGUGAGAAUAGAUCUAAAAACACAUUUAAAACAUAUCUGUGGAGGGCGGACCAAUGGACAGACAGACCGUAAGAACCGUAAAUGAUCCAGAAGUCAUGGUUUUGUUAUUUACCUUGAGGAGCCUAUUUAAGGAACUCACUUUCAAACUCACUAGAUUGCUUGCAACAACCACUUUCCCAUAGUCUUCCAUUAUUUAAAUCUAGUUAAAGUGUCGUACAUGCUAUUUGUAUAUGAAUGUGUCCAUGAAGUUCAUACUAGUCAUGUCAGGGGUUUUUGUUCACAUCAAAUGUGUGGCUUGUAAUCCCGGUGUCUUGACAUCAUUAAUAAUUAACUAUCGUCCAUUCUCCAUUUUAAUAUAAAACACUGAUUACAAUAGGGAAUGGUAAUUAACCUAACACCAAGUCAAUUUGUGCACAACAUCAUCACAGGAAAAACAGUCGUGUUUGUAACACAGAUGACAAUCAAGUAUCUCUUAGACUUUAAAAAAAGUGGCCUUUGAUGUAAGUACCCUUUUGAAAGCCACACAAUAGACCUGGAGCUGUGCCAGGGGAAUGGUGGAUUUUAUGAAUCUUAAAAAGAUGUAACUUGGCAACAUUGGGCCUGUCCAACAUCUUCACCCCCUAUCCCCCCAAAUCCCCAACCUUCUCACUGUGGGCGCUGUAUAUAUCAGACAUUCAGCUCUGCAUUGAUUAUUAUUGUGUUAUUAAUGACACAGACUAUGAUGAUGAUGAUGAUGAUGAUGAUGAUGAUGAGAUCGAUGAAUGCUCGGUCACUACUUACCGUGUGGACUUCAGUUACCACAAUGUCAAACGUCAUGGACAGAAUUUGAACUCUUAUUAGGCUUUUGUAAUUGAUCUCAGGGAGCAUUCAGUUACCAUUCUCCACGGCUGUCUUUCCCUGCAUGCUCCUGUAGCUGCCACUGUACUCUGUGAUCAAAACCUGUCACACAUAUUGUUUGUUUUUACAUGGUUUUAAAGAUGUAUCUUACCUGACGCCAGAUAUAAUUUUGACAAUUUUUCUCACCAAGUCAUCACCUGGAUAAUACAGUUGAAGUCGGAAGUUUACAUACACUUAGGCUGGAGUCAUUAAAACUCAUUUUUCAACCACUCCACAAAUUGCUAUACAAACUAUAGUUUUGGCAAGUUGGUUAGGACAUCUACUUCG